AUGAACGAGACCAAACCAAUGUCGUUCCCUGACCACGAAGCUGCAUCACCGAAGCCUUCAGAUGAAGAGCAGCAAGGUACAGUCAGACCCGUAACACGAACGAAUGCUUCAUCAUUUGCUGCCCCAACCAGGGCGUCCGAAGCGAAGAAGAAUGAGAAGAUUGAACUUGCUCAGUAUGGGAAGAGGUCGGCGUUGACGAAAGAAACUUCUUCGAGGCCGGGUAGUGCGAUGCGGCAGCAUUCGUCUCCUAGGUUUGGUAGUAGACCACAAAGUCGUCAGCGGUUGGGGACUGGUACGCUCACGCGAGAUGAAGAUGAUGAUGAGGUAGAUGAUGUUCAUGAUGAUGUUGACAUUGAUGAGGAGGACGCAGAUGACGACGAGGCACACGUCGAUGAUGACGACUCUAGUCAAUUUGAUAGCGAUGUGGAAGAAGAUAGAAGCGCAGAGGAAGAAGAUAGAAGCGCAGAGGAAGAAGAAGAAGAAGCACCGUCAAUCCUGGAAGGGAAGGAGCUGGAAGGAAAGCCGCUAGAGAAGGAGGAUCUAGAGGGAAAUAAGCUAGGAGAGGAAGAGUUAGAAAAGCAAGCACAAGAGAAAGUAUCUGAGCCCGAAGAAGAGUUAACCAUACAGGAACAGGAGCAAUCGUAUGACUUGGAAGAUCUCUUAGCCCAGGAAGAGCCACAGCAGCAUCACGAUGAAGACCCCAGUCCUGAUGUUCAGGUAUCACAAGAGCGGGAAUCACCUUUGACGCAAGACUGUACGGCUGCAGUGUCACAAGAAGAUCUUGUCGAGAAUGUGGAAAGCCAGGCCGCCGCACCUGAAGACCAGAUUGAAAGCGUUUCGCCACAUGUCAAUAAGGAAAGCAACAAAGAUAGUGUUGCGACAACUCCAAAUGAUACCAAACCCAUCGUUCCGCCUGAGAUAGCUGCAGAGAUACAAGAGCUCGAAAUCAAACGUCAAAAGGUGGAGCAAGAGCGCGAUGAGGCGACGAGACAGCGUGAAACCGUAUUACAAGAGUUGCAAACCGUCAAAGAAGAAGCGACGAACCUGAAGCAAGAGUACGAGAAGCUUUCUGUCCAACUUCGCGAGAGCGUAGCCAAGAUCGCGGCGCGCAAUGCACGCGAACCUGGAUUACCUCCUCUUGAAAAAGUCGAAGCCGAGAACAAAAAGCUCCGAGCAUCGGUCGAGCGAACGCGGCUGGAACUCGAGGCGAAGAAGUCAGAGGCAGAAGAUGCGACUGCUGCCUGCAAGGGGUUUGAUGACUCACUGAGGGAAGUGGACGAGAAGCUAAAGAACAACCAGGAGUCUAUCCGCACGCUCUGUGAAGUUGUCAACCAAGUGGCAGAGAAUUUGCCGAUGAUCUCGAAAUGUGAGCCCAAAAAGCUCGACGCUGUAUUCCUGAGUCUUUCACAAGAUGAUGAGACUGGUAAACUACGAGGUGAGUUUCUCAGACUGAUCAAAAACUUUAAUGGGAACUUUAAAGAGCUGCGGGAGCAGAUCGUAGACUUGAAGCGUGAGGUAAAGGAUAAAGAAUACGAGAUUGAUAGCUUGAAAACGGCUGUGGAACUCGAGAGGACGGAAUUGCUGACCCCGGGUCUACCAAGUCCACGUGGCAUGCCGACGGGUACAAACGAAUUCGAACAGUUCUACAAAAAGGAAAAGAAGAAGCGCCAUGAUGUAGAAUUGGAGCUCGCCAAAGCGAAAAAACAGCUGUCACAACUCCAGCCUGAAAAUGAGAAACUACAAUCAGACCUCACCGAGGCGCAAGAAGAACUUGCAGAACUUCGCCCCAAGAACGACCAGUUGGAAAUGGAGGCCAAGACCUGGAAGGAAGAACUAGAAGAAAACAAGGCCCAAUUCGAACAACGCAGCCUCGCAUUCGAAGCCAACAUGUCCGAGCAACAACUAGAGCAAUUCCGAUACAUCCGAGACUACUACCAAAAAGUCAAAGACCAUGCCCACUGGGAAGUCCAGGGCCUCCAACAGAAGCUCUCAGUAGCAGACCAAGUAAGGGAGGCACUCAAACGAGACUACAAGCGCGAACAAGUCGUCAACACGCGCUUGGAAGACGCGGUGAUUAGACUGAGGAAGAGCGUCAAAGCUCGGGAUAUUCAUAUUGGAAAGACGGAACAAGCAUUCAUGCUCCAAGCACCGUUUCCGAUGCGCUCACCUAGUACCUCUGGUAGUCGCACGCCUGAUAGCGAUACUUCAUCGUCCACUUCACCUUCCUCGAUCUCGGAUUGGACUCAUCCCUUAGAACGCAUCAAGCGACCCCCGCUCAUACCGCGCUGCCACCUCCCCGCUGCAAUCGAAGCGCGACAAACCAGACUGAAUACUUACAAACAAGAACUGGAAGAAAAGCGAGAGGUAGAGAUCUUCAAGGCCAACGUGAAGCCACGCGCAUCAACAGCCAGGGGUGGAGAUAUUGCAACUGCUAUUAUGGAUCAAGUGCGGAAGUCGGGCAUGGGGCCUUUGUAUCCGGUUGAGAAGACGGGGUGGUUGGAUACGAGCUGGAAGGGCGCGUGGGAGAGGUGGGAUGGGAAUUACUGGGCGAUGGAGUUUGCGAAGGGGAAGCAGGUAGACUUUUUGAAGAAGGUGGGGGUUUGGCGGGAGGAUUGGAAUUAG